ACGGCAGCCGAAGAAGGAAGUAGCUUUAGCUUAGCUCCUCCCCAAGGCAGGCAAGGUCGUAUAGCCCUUCCUGCUCUAUCCAUCCCCUCCCUUCGCUUGCGGCUCCAGUUCCAGCUAGCGAGCGCGGCUCCAUUCUACUGCACCAUCCAUAAUAAGCAAAGGGCGACGAUGGGGUCGUUGGAGGCGACGAGAGCGGAGCUGGGGCUGGUGGUGCUUUACCUGAACAAAGCCGAGGCGAGGGACAAGAUCUGCAGGGCGAUUCAGUACGGCUCCAAGUUCAUCAGCAACGGUCAGCCCGGCACCGCCCAGAACGUCGACAGAUCCACCACCUUGGCUCGCAAAGUCUUCCGGCUCCUCAAGUGGGUGAACGAUCUGCAUGCCCUCAUCAGCCCGCCUGCUAAAGGGACCCCUCUCACGCUUGUCUUGCUUGGGAAGUCCAAGAACGCGCUGCUCUCGACGUUCUUGUUCCUGGACCAGUUCGUGUGGGCAGGGAGGUCAGGGAUUUACCAGAACAAGGAGCGCACGGACCAGAUCGCCAGGAUAUCCCUCUACUGCUGGAUGGCUUCCUCUGUCUGUGCAGGUUUAGUUGAGCUGGGCGAGCUCAAGAGGCUGUCGAAGUCGAUGAGGAGGCUCGCGAGGGAGCUCAGGGGUGCCGACAAAUACGAGGAUGAGCAGUACCGGGGCAAGAUGAGGCAGUCGGACGAGCGGCUGCUGGCGCUGGUGAAGGCGGGCAUGGACGUGGUGGUGGCCGUGGGGCUACUGCAGCUGGCGCCCACCAAGGUCACCCCCAGGGUCACCGGGGCCUUCGGCUUCGUCACCUCGCUCAUCUCCUGCUAUCAGCAACUUCCAUCUCGUGCUGCUCCGGCCAAAGUGAAGGCAUGAGGAGAGACGUACGCUGCCUCCUCCGCAUAAUUGAGCAUGGAAUCUGUACUCGAGCAUAGGAUCUGAUGCCUAUGUACUUAGCAUUAUACUAGAAUGAUCGAUGCCGAUUGUCUGUACCUACGGUUUAUACUUUUCACACGGUACAUACGUUACGGACAGUAUUUUUGAACAUAUAUUGGUCACUUGUCCAGACGUGUCUCGACAGCAUACACUAUGUGCCAACAUGGUUUAAAAAUGGAAAUUUUGAACAUAUA